AUGGCGGCGGAGCAGGAUCGGUACAGCGCGGACGACAUCAAGAUGGAACACAUCCCACAAACCAACCAGCCGCUCGUCCCCGCAAUUGACGAGCACAUAGGCCUCGUCCUCCACACACCCAUCCAGACGACAAAAGCGAUACGAGCACCGCUCGCGGGGCACAGGGGGGGACACCCGACGCGGCUGAUCGAUCGCAAGGAGGAGGUCGCCACACAGGAGCCGGAAUAUGCUACUGCACAUUUUGAUUCACGCAAUGGCAUUCCUCAGAGGUCUAUCUACACAUUUCUUGAUUUCGAGCUUGAGCGAUUCGAUUGUGAGAGGGCUGUUUGGUUGGAGAAUCUGGAUUUUGGUAAAAAUCGACCUAUGGCUGCUGCAAUUAUCUUAAGUUCUAUUGGCGCUUUGGGUACGCCAGACUCAUUUUAUUCCUCAUUUGGACUCACAUGUCGCUCGUGUGUGGAGGCGGUGAAUGGGGUGCGAAUCAUUGCAGCCUGUUUUAUCAUAGCUGAUGACUCCAUCACCCCUUCAGGGUUCUCCAUCUGGGGGUUCUUGACUCCCGACUACUUCUUCAAGCUUACCGAGGCCUCGGUGAAUAUCCUAGUUCGGCUCUAA